AAUCACUUAUUUUUUUAAUUGUUGCUAAUUAUAUUUCAGAAGUGAAUCUGAUUACAUUGCUUCCAUGGUGAUCAUGAUCAGAUGGUCGAAAGUUUACCACUAUCCUUAGCAUUGAUGGAGGAGGAGUGAGAGGCAUCAUUCCGGCAACCAUGCUCGCCUUUCUCGAGUCCAAACUCCAGAAACUGGAUGGGAAAGAUGCGAGGAUUGCAGACUACUUUGACUACAUUGCUGGAACCAGCACAGGAGGCCUUGUUACUGCUAUGAUUACCACACCAAAUGAAAAAAAGCAACCUCUGUUUGAAGCACAUGAACUCAAGAAGUUUUAUUUUGAUGAGAGUCCAUACAUAUUCCCUCAAGAACCGACCAAAACCGCUCGAAUCAUACCUGAGUGGCUUGAAACAUGGGCUGGAUGGGUCGGACAGAAGGUUGAAAAGGUGGCGGAAAUCCUGUCAUGGGUCGAGAAAGAAACGUUACACCCCAAAUACGAAGGUUAUGACCUGCGCGACAGAAUCAGGAAGAUAGUUGGGAAAACACGGCUUCACGAGACUAUAACCAACGUCAUCAUCCCCUCUUAUGAUAUCAAGUUUCUCCAACCAGUCGUCUUCUCCACCUCAGAGGCGAAACGUGAUGAAUUGGAGGAUGUUCUGCUAGCAGAUGUCUGCAUUGGCACAACUGCAGCACCAUACUAUCUCCCUUCCCACCAUUUCACGCACACACCAUCAAAGGGACUCCCGAGAGAAUUUAACCUCAUCGAUGGUGGCGUUGCAGCCAACAAUCCGACUUUGCUUGCAAUCAUUGAGAGUGCUAAGGAGAUGUCACCAAAUAAAAAUGUGGCACAUUGCUUGAAGAACAUUGAUAGUAGCAAGCUUCUUGUUCUGUCCCUGGGAACUGGAUCCUCGAAGAGGGAUGAGAAGCUUGAGGUUGACGAAAAUGAACCAUGGGGAAUCUUUCAAUGGUUUGUAGGCCCAAAAGAUACCACCCCUUUACUUGAUGUUUUGACAACUGCAACAGAAGACAUGGUUGACAUAUACAUGUCUGCUUUCUUCAACGUUUCAGGCUACAAUGAUAACUAUCUCCGGAUCCAGGAUGAUAGCUUGAAAUACACUGAAGCUGUUCUGGAUGACUCCCGCAAAGAAAAUCUCGAGCACCUUGAGAAGAUUGGGAAUCAACUCCUCGAAAAACCUUUUUCAGCACUGAACCUGGAGACCGGCUUGUUGGAACCAAUUAACAACACAUUCAAAUACAAAGACGCACUUGCACAGUUUGCCAAGAAACUGUCGGAUGAAAAAAGAGGACGUCAAACCAGUUCCUCCCGUUGAUAAAAUUUCAUCUUUCUUGUGCCUAGUAUCUAGCUUCUACUAUCUACCUAUGUGCUUGCUGAACAAGUUUGGUUUCCAAGUUUCUAGUGUCCUUGCAAGCCUGCUCGAUCGUAGACUGUGUGUAGUGCAGGUUUUCGUUUCAAACUUUUAGUGGGUUGUACUUCCAUAAAGUAUAUAUAAAUAAAAUGAGGCUCAUCUCAUCUCAUGGCUGUUUGUUCCCAAGAGAU